CUAUUAUUUAUUCAAUCUUCAUAUUAUUCACAAUGGUUUUGUGCCGUAUUAUUUUAAAACCUAGUCACUUAUCCCAAUUUAAAAAUGUGGUUUACAAUAAUUCAUUAAAUUUUAAUAUUAUUAAAAAACAAAUUAGCACAACACCAUGCUUGACCGCUCGAUUAUAUACGGAUAAACAUGAAUGGGUUGAAGUAGAAGGUAAAAUUGGAACUGUUGGAAUUUCAAAAUAUGCACAAGAAGCAUUGGGAGAUGUUGUUUUUGCUCAAUUACCAGAAGCAAGUACAUUAUUAUGCCAACAUGACGAAUGUGGAGCAUUAGAAAGUGUAAAAGCAGCUAGUGAAUUGUACAGCCCUGUAUCUGGGAAAGUUAUCGAAAAAAAUUCUGCAGUUGAAUCAAAGCCAUCUCUUAUUAAUUCUUCGUGUUAUAAUGAAGGGUGGUUGUUCAAAGUAGAAUUAACAAAGCCCGGUGAAUUAGAAAAACUGAUGGAUGAAAAGAAGUAUGAAGAAUUCUUGAAAACAGAAGAACAUUAGUAUUUAUAAAUUUGUGAACAUUUUAUUUGCUAAGAAUACUUAAAAAUUA